AUGAACAACUUCUCUUUCCUCGAGUCCUCCCAACAACAAGCCGCCCAGCAACAGCACAAUCAAAAUCGCCCUCCGCCCUCUCCCUCACAUUCACAAGCCGGCAGUAUUGCAGGAUCGCAAGUUAACGGCGGCGGCCAAAACGGCGUUCCAAUGGUUAAUGGCCUACCCAGCGGCGGCCAGCAGACGGACAUGAAUCAUCUGUGGGCGGUGGUGCAGCAGCUGAGUCAAUUGCUAGAAGAGAACAAGGCGCAAACGAGGGGUAUCGUGGAGGGUGUCGCUGCGAUACAAGGGAGGGCUGCACAAGAAGAGGGAGGUGAGGUCGGUGGGCUCAAUCCGAGAAGUGCAAGUGGAAUGGGCAUGAGGGAGGUUAAUGGAGAGAUCAAUGCAGCGACAGUAGCACAUCUACAAUCACAGCUCUCGAGCGCGCAAACAACCAUCGCAUCCCUGACUUCAACCAAUACAUCUCUCUCCGCCCUCCUCACCGACUACGAAUCCGCUUUGACCCUCCUCCUCGAUAAACUUCGUCCGGGCUUCUUGACCAAGAACGCUCGACAUCUAUGGCACUGCGGCUUGAACACGCAGACUGGCAGGCUGGGCUGA